UUUUAUAUUAAUAUUCAAAAAUUGAAGUGCUUUUGAUCUAUCAACAUAAAGAGUAUAACCUCAAAAUUUAAAAUAUGUUGUUAUUUUUAAGAAUAUGGUAUUUUAUAUUACUUUUAAUUAAUUUCAUACAAAUUAUUGUGGCAAAUAAAUUUUGUGACAAAUCAAAUGAAUAUGAGGAAACUGAUAAAUGCAACAUUCAAUUACGUUAUUCACGAAAUCGUUACAUACUCUAUGAUGUUAAUUCUCCAGAAGGAUUUAAUCUAAGAAGAGAUGUUUUUAUUCGUAUUGCAGUUUUUAUAAAAAUUUUAAUCAAACAAGAAACAGAAUUUAAAUGGCAAUUAGUAUUGCCACCAUGGGGCAACUUAUAUCAUUGGCAUAGUAAAAAUAUAGGAUUUCAAACACAAUUGCCUUGGAAUCUAUUUUUUGAUAUUUUAAGUUUACAAAAAUAUAUACCUGUUAUUGAAACAUAUCAAUUUUUACAAGAAUAUUCUUCAGAAAAUAAUCAAACUGAUCUUGAUGUUGUAUAUAUUUUACAAAAUGAUGAAGAAAUGUUCAAAACAGGUAUAUUUGAAGAUAAGAAUAAAAUAAUAAAAUGUAAUGAUAAAUCAUUACAGUUUCAUAAAAUGAAAUCUAAAAAAUAUGUUGGACAUUUUUGGGGAUACAAUAAUAUAACUUCUAAAGCUGUUAAAUGUGUUAUAUUUCAUGGAAUGAUAUCAAAUCUUAAACAAAAUCUUAAACCUAAUAUUUAUAGAUCUGUAAUGUUUGAUCAUAUGGAAAUUGCAUUACACGAUUUCUAUGGUACAAAAGAAUAUUGGAAAGCUAGACGUAGUAUGCGAUAUAAUUCUGAGUUAUAUGAUAUUGCUAAUGAAUUUCGAAAAUCCUUUUUUAAUUCAUCAAAUAAGUAUGAUAAAACAGAACGGCCGGAUGAUUGGACUAAAGAAAAAAAUAGAAGAAAUGCAAUUGGAGGUCCUUAUUUAUCAGUUCAUUUAAGAAGACGCGAUUUUUUAGUUGGUCAUUCUUCAACAGUACCAACAAUAAAAUCUGCUGCUUUUCAGUUAAAAAAUAAAUUACAUGAACUUCAAUUAAAAUUUUUGUUUGUUGCUACAGAUGCUACUCAAAAAGAAUUCAAUGAACUCAGAGAAUAUCUGUCUAAUUAUACAAUUCUUAGAUUUAUCCCAUCAGAUUAUGUAUUAAACAAAUUUAAAGAUGGUGGAAUUGCAAUUAUUGAUCAAAUAAUUUGUUCUUAUGCUAGAUAUUUUAUAGGAACAUAUGAAUCAACAUUUACAUUUAGAAUACAAGAAGAUAGAGAAAUCAUUGGUUUUCCUACUAAAACAACAUUUAAUUACUUAUGUAGAACUAAGGAGAAAUGUAACUCUAAUGGGCAAUGGGAAAUUGUUUGGUAAUGUAUAAAAAUAUAUAUAAAUUAUAUUAGAUAAUAAAAUCAAAUAAUUAAAUUAAAUAUAUGUUUUACCAAAAAUGUGUGUAUAAGUACAGUUUGUUUUUAUAUAGUUAUAUAUCAUUGAUAUUAAUUAUUUCUCUUUAUUUUUCUCUUUAUUAUUGUUAGCUUAUUAUUGGUUUACCAAUUAAUUCUUGUUCUCGACGAAUUUCUUGCUCUCUUUGUUGUUCCUUAUUCAAAGCUUCUUUUUGUAUUAUUUGUUGCAAUCUUAAUGCUCGUUUCUACAUAAAAAUAAUUUAUGUAUUUCAUAAAUAACAUUAAAAAUAUCUAUGAAAUAACAAAUACAA